GCAAGAAUAACUGGGAGGUUAAAAAAAAUGCUUGUAGAAAUGAAGAAGCUAGUAAUAAUGUGAGAAAAUGAAGCGAGAGGAAAGUUUUUGUUGUGUAUUUAAUAGAAACAGAAAUAUAUGGUCAGAGUGUGGGAGCUAUAAGUUUUGUGUACACGAAGCCGAAGACAAAAGCCGGCUUCUUCUUCUUCGAAAUUUCUUCCUUUCUCAGCUUUAACUUCAACUUCAACUUCAAUUUUUUAUUUUUCCCUUCUCUCUAUUAUUCUUAUUUAGAAGUUGGAUUCAUUUCAUCGUUUGUUUUUUAUGAUGAUUUGAUCGGAUAACAGUAAGAGAGAGGAGAGUGCCCAAAAAAAUUUUGUUUAUAGAAAACAGGAUUGGAUAUGAAACGUUGAUUAGCUUUUUUUUUUUCUAUUGUAAAUCUGAUAUAUUUCAGAAAUUUGAGGAUUUUUUUUUCUUCUUUGCGUUUGGUUUGAUUUGGAGAGGAUGGGUUGUUUUCCCUGUUUCGACUCAAAGGAAGAGGAGAAGUUAAAUCCUGUCAAAGAAACCGAUGAUCGAAAGCAAAGCCGACCAACCGUUUCCUCUAACGUUUCCAGGUUAUCUUCAGGAGGGGACAGGCUUAGAUCAAGAAGUAAUGGAGAGUCCAGAAGGGAAUUACCAAGUCCCAAGGAUGGGCCUGGUGUCCAAAUUGCUGCUCAAACUUUUACUUUCCGAGAGCUUGCAGCUGCAACAAAGAAUUUCAGGCCAGAGUCUUUCUUAGGGGAAGGUGGAUUUGGACAUGUGUACAAAGGGCGGCUUGAGAGUACUGGUCAGGUAGUUGCAGUCAAACAGUUGGAUAGAAAUGGUCUCCAGGGUAACAGGGAAUUUCUGGUUGAGGUUCUCAUGCUCAGCCUCCUUCAUCAUCCUAAUCUUGUUAACCUGAUUGGUUAUUGUGCUGAUGGAGAUCAGCGGCUUCUUGUCUAUGAAUUCAUGCCCUUGGGAUCCUUGGAAGAUCACCUUCAUGAUCUUCCACCUGAGAAGGAACCACUAGAUUGGAACACAAGAAUGAAGAUAGCAGCAGGUGCAGCUAAAGGUUUGGAAUACCUUCAUGAUAAAGCAAACCCUCCUGUUAUUUACAGGGACUUCAAGUCCUCCAACAUAUUACUGGAAGAAGGAUUUCACCCGAAGUUAUCUGAUUUUGGGCUUGCAAAACUUGGUCCUGUUGGAGAUAAAUCACAUGUUUCCACCAGGGUUAUGGGCACAUAUGGUUAUUGUGCUCCUGAAUAUGCCAUGACUGGUCAAUUGACAGUGAAAUCUGAUGUUUAUAGUUUUGGGGUUGUCUUCUUAGAGCUAAUUACUGGACGGAAAGCUAUUGACAGCACACGACCCCAUGGAGAACAGAACCUUGUCACAUGGGCUAGUCCAUUAUUCAAUGACCGCCGCAAAUUUUCAAAAUUGGCAGAUCCUCGAUUGCGGGGACGAUAUCCAAUGCGAGGUCUCUAUCAAGCUCUAGCUGUGGCAUCCAUGUGCAUUCAAGAGCAGGCUGCCACACGUCCUUUGAUUGGCGAUGUGGUUACUGCUCUUUCGUAUUUGGCAAAUCAGGCAUACGAUCCUAACACAACAGGUCAUGUUUACAGAGGCUCUGGAGAUAAGGACGACAAAAGAUAUAAAGAUGACAGAGGAGGAAGGGUAUCAAAGAAUGACGAAGGAGGAGCAUCUGGCCUUAGGUGGGAUUUGGAAGGUUCUGAGAAGGAAGACUCCCCCAGAGAAACUGCCAGGAUGUUGAAUAGGGAUUUGGAUAGGGAACGGGCUGUAGCCGAGGCCAAGAUGUGGGGUGAGAAUUGGCGAGAGAAAAGGCGACAAAGUGCACAGGGUAGUUCCGAUGGGUCUAAUGGGUAGUAUCCAAACUAAACCGGUGUGCACCAUAUUCCACCACUGUGUUUAACCAGCUUUCUCACGUGACCCGGUGAAGAAGGAUUUCUAGUUUUCUUCUGCCUGCCCCAUCCAAAAAGUUUUGCAAUACUUUCUUCCUUCCUCCAAAGCGAAGACAGGUGGUGCUCUCUGUAAGAAUUUUGGUGCUGACAUGCUCUUAACCCCUCCCUCCCUUUUUUACUUUUUCAAAUUUUUGUUCUUUUUUCUUUUCUUUACUUUAUAUCCUUUCUUUAAAGCAUAGAAGAAGAUGAUGAUGAGAGUGUACAUUAUUAUCAACUAGGAGAGCAAGAGAAGAACAAGACGUAUUUAUAAAAUUUUGAGAGUAAAGACGUCUGGGUCAAUGUUAUCCUUGCUCUUGUUGUGUCCCCUUUGGUACGGAACAUUUCUGUCUGUUGUCUGUUAUGUUGUAUCCAUCUUCGGUACACAAACACAUUUUACCAACUAAUUCAGGUCAUUUCAACCAAA